AUGUGGGCACAUCUACAGACCACAACCACGGUCCCUUCGUUGCACGCAUUGCAGGACGACCCGGCUCUAUGCUUAGGAGGCGCCUAUCACGAGGCGCUCACACGAUGGACACGGAAUCGUCGCCUGUUCCGCACUGAUACUGGUCAUCUCGGUCUAGGUCCGAGAAUGCUGCGGCACGGAGAUAUCAUGGCCAUCCUUUAUGGAUCUCCUGUCCCAGUGGCGCUUCGCCCGCGCACACAAUCGGAAUACGCGCUUGUAGGGGAUGUUUACAGCGACGGCAUCAUGUCUGGAGAAGCCGUCCGGGAGCAUAACGCGACGAGCGGUAUGGACGAGAUGUAUCUAAUUUCCUGA